GUUGUAUAUAUGUAUUGUGAGGCAGAAUGGUAUGUGUCUCUAGUUUUUAUCUCUAAGGAGAAAGUUGGUUGAAUAGCAAGAUCGGGUGGAUUGCUCUGCAUGUGUAUAAAACCAGUAAUAUUUGCUGUGUGAGAAAAUCAUUACUGAAUAUGCUGCCAAUGAAGUAAAUCUAUUAGCUGUGCCAAACAGAUAUAACUAACUAUUGCUAAUAGGAUAUUAAGAAUGAAAAUUAGGGGCCUUAUUAUAUGGAUAGUUCUUAAUAUCUACUGCUCAAAAAGUUCUGCUGAAAAUCAUGGAUACUAUGACCAAGGAGUAUAUGCUACUAGCAAGGAAAACCUGAGAAGUACCAAUAAUCCAUAUGAAGUGCCACAAACUCCGGAUGUUGACUCAUGUAGCAGCGAAGACUUAAUAUGCUUAGCUGCAACACAUUCUGAUCGACUAGGACUUGAAGCUAUUCAAAUUCUGCAUAAACAAAUAGAUGAUGAUCAAGAUGGCACAAUUGAUUUAUCAGAAUCAGAUGAUUUCCUCAAGGAACUGAAGAUCGAUGCAGGGAAAGAAAAAAGGCAGAAAAACUUCCAUAAGAAUGAUGAUAUGCACAUAUCUGUCAAGGAAUUACUGGAGGCAUGGCUCAGAUCAGAGGUACACAACUGGACACUUGAUCAGACUAGUGAUUGGUUAACCAACUGUGUUCAGUUACCACAAUAUGUUCCUAACUUUAUUCAAAAUGGAGUAAAUGGUGCUAAAUUGCCAAGAUUAGCAGUUGAUGAUGGAAAGUACUUAACAAUCCUUGGAAUCAAAGAUCCAAUACACAAACGCAAAAUUGCCUUAAAGGCUAUGGAUGUUGUUUUGUUUGGACCACCAAAAGAUUUGACUGGAUGGAAGGACUUAACUUUAAUAUUCCUAACCAUAGUCGGCGGACUUGGUGGUUGGUACGCCUAUCAACAGAAUAAAAAGUUCAAAAGGCAUUUAAACAGAAUGACCAAAGAUAUGGAUAGCUUGCAAAACGCGGAGAAAGCAUUAGAAAAUUUACAGAAAGAAUUAGAGCAUGCAAAACAGGCUCAGGAAUCCGUUAUAACGGAAAAACAAAAUUUAGAAAAAAAAUUGCAGGAUUCGAAGAGUGAGCUAAAUACUCUGCCAUACUCUGAUCUGGAAGUUUCUCAACUGAAAGCUGAAAUAGAGAUGCUUCGAACAGAACUACAGCUGGCAGAAGGUGAACUCAAGGAUAGAUGUUGGAUGCCACCUCACGAAUUGCAGCAAUGGCUCCAGCUUACUUAUGAAACAGAAAAUAAAGCAUAUAUGAAAAAGAAGAUAUCAGCAGAGAAGCAAUUGCAGCAAGCAAGAGAAGCUUGUGAGAAAUUGCGCAAGAAGCGCUCCAGUCUAGUUGGUGCGUUCGUAUCGACGCACGGCAAGUCGAUCGACGAAGUUGACAGGAGCAUCGUGGAGGCGCGCACGUCGCUUCAGGAGGUGACACAGGAGUUGCAGGAGCGCGCGCACAGGUGGAAACAGAUCGAGAUGCUGUGCGGAUUCUCGAUCAUCAACAACAAUGGAUAUGCGUACCUGGAGAACGCUUUGUACAGAGGCGGAAACGGGCGUGGGGGACUUAUUCGAGGCCGAAUGAGCAGCACGGAUGACCUGGAUGACGAAACAUCAUCCAUGUACGGAGGCAGUUUGCCAGGGUACAUCGAGUCUUGUCAGAUGGCGUCCCACUGGAAAGACGGUGAUUCGUCCAGUAGUGAAACCAGUAAGCAAGAGGAGGAAGGUGGUAGCGAACCUAAAGUUUCCAGCAAGAAUAAUGUCCAUUUCUCCGUAGGCAGUGAUGUAUCACCAUGGUCAGAGGACACCCUGUCAUCAACAACGCAGACACAGCCGAAGAAUGUCGUGGGACGAUUAUCGUCGAACCCCAAAAGCGUAAGCCAGUCAAACAUCUCCCUAAAUCUCCCAGCGAAGCCCACCUCGAUGACAAGGUCGUUUUCCCAAGACAUCAAUGUUUCGCCUGCAGACACCAAGCCGAAAAGUUCCUUGUCGGACACAAAUUUAGAGGUAUCGAAAAUAAAGCCUCUGAAGCAGAUCAAGGAGCAGCCCAGUGUAUCCAUUGAAGAUGACGUAUGCUCUACUGACUCCUCCGUUCUCGAUGAGAGUGAUUCGAAAAAGAAGAAACGCAGCAAAUUGUUCUCGUUUAAUAAGAAAGGGAAAAACAAAGGUGAUUGAUAAUUAUUGAACGAGUAGGUGGUUUGAUUUAUUUUUUCACCAUAGAAGCCGCUUUUGUAUAUUUAUCGACGAAGCGUCGGUAGAAUUCAAACAGGGAUUAGCAAACAUGAUUGACUUCAUCUAGUAGCGGUAAAAUAGUAGCAUAGUAGUCAAUGCGCUAUUUCUUAGAUAGUCAUCGAUUUGAAAUGAAGUUAAUAAAAUGCUUUGUUCCUUAUAAUUCUUGAUAUGAUUAGUUAUAUCUCGUACGUACCUCUCACACCCUAAGAAUUAUGUCCAUAGAAAAGAUUUUGUGAACUUUAACCUAAUAUAAAUAAUUUCUAUAUUUGUUGAAAAGAAAAAGCUCACAUUCAAAGGAGCUACAGAACUUUCACUUAAAUGAUUUUUUUUAUUCGUAUCGUGUUGGAGAGUUCUGUAUCUCUGCUGCUCUACUGAUUAAUAGAAUGUUUAGGUUAUUGGGCAGCAACGGCUUUUAGUUACAACUUAUGCUCAUAUCUUCAAUGAGUUGUAGUAUAUAAAAUUGGCUUUCACAACAUUCUGGUACUUGGAUUGUUGGCUAUUUGAAACUGUCGUACAUCAGUAAGGAUGAAAUCCACCAAUGCUUCUUAUUGAAUAUACAAAAAAGCGCCUUAACUUGAUUUCUUGAAUUUUUUCAUCUCAGAUAUGUCACAGACAAAACUGUAAAGAGAUAAUAGGAUAAUUUUACAUUGCCUGAUCAUUACUCCAGUACGAGUUCUUUUAACUAAUGCUCUCUGGAAUACGUGUUGUUAACAAGAUAUAAAGGUGAAACUAAUUGAAGAUUCUACUUGAACCUAUGGUGGAUCUAAAAUAGGUUAUUGGCUUUUGUUUUGCUGUGACAUAUAUUGCAGCAAUAUUUUCAGUUAUAAUUCUGUCUGUUUUUUUACAUAUACGUCAUUGUUAAAGGAAAGUUGACGAAGCACAAUAAUUUGUAUUGUCUUCCAUAAUGUAUUUACUGUUUUGUCAGGGAGUGUUUUAAUCCUCUCCUGUUUUUUUAUUUUACCGUCGUAGUACUACCAACAGAUCAUUUCAGUUUAAAAAAGUUGUGUAUGUUGUUAAGUUAUAUGAAAAUGCACUCAUUGGCUGUAUUACCUUGAAUUCCAACUUCCUACUUCCGACUGAUCUGUGGAUAAUUUUUGUAAGCUUAAAUCAUUCGUUAUUUUAUUCGAAUUUAGGUAUAGGUAAACGUGCUUAAUUGACCGUACUUAACAACUCGAAUGCAAAAAUAAAUUUUACCAAUGUAGGCGAUGUGCAAAUGCGUGGCAACAACCUGAUGUGAGUAGUAUAAUUUUGCCUAGAUAUGCCAUUAAGCGGGUCAAAUUUGGAGAAAAUGUUAGUAAUGUUACAAAAUUUUAAAAACUCUGUUCAUUCUAUUAAUUUAUGCACGUUCCAUUUUAAUCUCCCCACCUAAAUAUUUCUAGGAAAAUAAAGUUUCAAACAAAAUAGGGUUUCAAGGGAAAAAUAUAAUUGUGGCAUGGACUAUGAUCUUGACUACGUCUUUUAAGGUCAUUCCAAGUCAAGCAGUUAUUUUUAAAUGGAACGCCUCCUUUUUGACAUCAGUAUUGAAAAGAAGCGGAAAUCCUAUUUCCGAAUAUCAUUUUAACAUUUGCCUUCAAGGCCAUCUCAAGGUCAAAUCAAUACAUUAAAAACAGUUUGUUCUAGUAAAAAUGUUCGACGGCGCAGCUGUAAGCUUUAGGGGGAUCACAAAAAGCUGACCUUGACCAUGAACUUCAGGGUCAAGUUAAACUUUCCAAAGGAAAAAAGCAGGAAAUUUUAUGUCAGAUUGUGAACUUCUCCUCAAAUAACAUUUAAGCUUGACACGACCUUGAUACUGACGUCAAAGUUACACUCGCACGUAAAAUGUCGUGUUUUUCCCUUUGGAAUUUUUUACUGUGCCUUGUAUGUUAUGGUCAAGGUCACCUUUGGGUGAGUCCCACAAAGUUCACAAAUGUACUGUCGAACAUUUUUGCUAGACAUUUUGUUUUCAAUGCCUUGAUUUAACCUUGAAAUGGCCUUGACGGUUUUGGUCAAGGUUAUAGCCAAAAUGAUGUUCGGACAUAAAAUUUGCUAGUGUUUUCAAUUACGAUGUGAAAAAGGGGGUCAAUUUAACGUAUUUACGUGACCUUAAAAGGCCCUUAAAGGUCGUAUAGCCAAGGCCGUUGUCAAGGUAACAGUCAUGUUGCCCCAUAGAAACCCUAGAACCUUUAUUUAAUAACAGUUUUCGAAAGAUUUAGGCAGAGAUAUUUAAAUGGGACACAGUGUAUAGUUUUUGUGAUACAAAAUACGAUCUGUUGUUUUUACAUGCAUAAACAUGCUUGGUUGUGAAUUAAACAGUAUUGAAUCAGAAUAAACAGGAAUUACCUAAUCUAGCGAACUAUAACUGAUGGUAAUAAUGUAUUGAAGAAAAACUUUACCGGCAUUUCGGCUGACGCUUUCGCCCAUCGUAACUUUGCCGUUAUUGACUGUAUAUAUAUAUCGCUAUACGAGUGUGUGGCCAUAUACAGAGCCAUAAAGAAACUAACAUGAAAACAGUUGGCAAUGUUAGUGACAACCUAUAUAAAUAUGUCAUGCAAUUAUUGCGAUGCUCGGUACACGUAUUUCCCUAUUUUUGAAGAUACACAUAGCGAGAUGUUCGAAAUAGUGAUAUUUAAAACACUUGAAAUACCUAUAGCACCAUUUUGUAUAGAAAGACUGGGUGAAAUCUGAAUAAGAGUAAAUUGACAAAAAUUUAAUUCUUCAUUUACGACAAGGUUGUAUUGGCUGAUGGAAGUAUGAAUAGUAAUAACAUCGUGUCCUAAUAUGGCUGACACUUCUCAAUUAUUAUUUUUGUAAAGUGCCCUAAAUGGUGUAGCGUAAAUGCCGUACGUGAUAGUAUCCAACAUCACAUAUUUUUUCAAUUACACUGAUAACUUUUAUUUUGUUUCAAGUAAGAGAAACUAUAAUGCGUUAACGAAGUAGUGGAAAUGUGUUUAACACGCUUUCAGGGUACCUGACAUCAAAAUUAAAUUUUUUUUUUACCUUUUAAAUGCACCUGCUUGCUUGAUUGCCAAUUAGGUUCAAAUUUAGUUUUGUAAUAAUACUAAGAGCAUUUGUAUAUGAAAUAUCCGUAGAAUCGUAACUAUAAAUUUUUAUUGGCAAUACUCAUUUUAAUCACAGUAAUUCAGAAAUUGACCAUGCUUGGUACUUUGAUUACUGCCUUUUUGCAACUGACAGUUACCACAAGCUAAAUAUUUUACUUGAAGUGCAGUCUAACAACUAUAAUAAAAACGUAGCGACAGAGACAAGACUGUGCCUCUCCUUGAGCCAGAAUGAUGCUUAAACGUGUGACGACACAUACCAACAUGAUUGAUUAUGUUUUGAUGUCAGGUGAAACUUUAAAUAAUAGCUGAAUAGCUAUUCCAUGCUGUUAACGUGUCUGGCAUCUUAUGUAACUUGUGUAUAUACCCCAGUUACAAUGAACACUAAUGUGGAAACUUUUUCCCCUAGAAUGAACAUGUAUGUGAUAUUUACAUUUUAACGUGUUUUAUAAUUGGCACUGCAACUGAUGCCCCAUUUUUCUUUUUUAUUAAUAUGUUAUGGGUUAUGACGUAGCUAAUAGUCAAGGCAGUUGCGUGAAUCAUAAAGCAAUAUAAAUAAAUUAUAUUUUAUA